GUUUUUUUUACACAGGUCAGCUGAUGAAAUGACAUGGCAUCGGGCCGGGUGGGAAAAGGUGUACAGCUGAAACUCUGAAAAUCUUUUAUUUCCACGAGACUGAGGCCUGGUGUGUAGUUAGCUAAGCCAGUCGUUUUAACGAAUACCCAGCUCUAAAGCUUGUCGGUCAGUUAUUUAAGGCACACAUUGGUGAAGCCCAACUAAGACGUAUAUACGUGGAAUAUCGAAAUGGGAGAGGAAAACCACAUAGAGAAAGCAGAGGAAAACCACACAGGGAAUGCUAACGGGGAGAUUGUUUCGGAAAGCGGUGAGAAGUACUACUCACUUGAAGAAAUAAAAUUGCACAACACGAGUAAGGACGCGUGGCUUAUAAUCCACGAUAAAGUUUACGACAUCACAAGUUUCAUGGAGGAGCACCCAGGUGGAGAAGAAGUGUUGCUGGAGCAAGCGGGUGCGGACGCCACAGAGAGCUUUGAAGACGUCGGCCAUUCCACAGAUGCCCGGGAGAUGCUUGAGCAGUACCUGAUUGGCGAGCUGCACAUGGAUGACCGCAGAAAGGAAAGUAAAAAGGACGUAUUCAUUACAACUUCAGGAGGAGAGGGCAAUGCGUGGACCACGUGGUUGAUACCCACCCUGGCUGCUGCCGUGGUCGGCCUGAUGUACCGCUACUACACCCUGUAGCACCAGUCCUCCUGAACGUACCACACCCGUCGUGACGGGCCUUAAAAUCUGACCGUAAACUCUUAUGUCCGGACCCACAAUGCAAUGCUGAUCUUCUGAUCCCUCGCCCCGCUGGUGAGGGGCGGGGACAAGGACGACAUCCUCUCGCAUCCGCUCCAACCCCCCCCCCCACAUCCGCUGUAACCCAACCCCCGCCCUCGACAGAACAGGUAGUGCUGGAAACCAGCUGCUCUGCCGCACGACCUGUGCUCUCUCCUGCCACGCUUUCUGCCCCGCGGCGACCCGUCUUACUGAGUCACAUGGGAGCAGUCAGUCCAGCGGCUUAGUGUGCGUGUCCUGUUCCUAGCAACUGGUUCCUCAACUUUGGGGAAGAGUUGACAGGCUUGUUGGCUUUCAUUGCUGGAAAGUCAGGAGGGAUAAUUAAAAUGGACUAAAAUCAGGAAUCACAGGUUGUAUGCAUAAAGGAAAAUACAUUUUUGUCAUUGCAGUCAUCUUUUUAUUGUGGGGUGCACAAUAUGUUUUUGCCACAUCCUCUUAAUAUAUCUAAAUGUCUGUUGAGUGUACAGUUCAGUGCUGGGCCCUUCAUAGUGAGUUUUCAGUCUGUUUUUAAGCCUUUUUUCAUGUUAAUUUUAUGACCUUGUUCUGCAACUGGAAAUAAGGUAUGCAAAAAAGAAGGUCAGACUCGAGGUAAAAAGAUUAAUUUGAGGUCUGCCAUUCAGUUAUAAUCAUGCUCCUCCGUGGGAAUUGCAGCCAGCCAUGUUUAAAUCUUGCUUCACAUUCCACAGACAUGUAAGAUAUCUUGCACACAUGUUGGAGGAGUGUCCUUUAAGUUUACAAAAAAGAUAUUCACCUGCGUCUUGUAUUGUUCCGGGUGUCAUUUAAAUGUUUAAUUAUGACAGUUUCCCACUUUAAUUUAACGAGCCUUGUCGAAAACUUUUUAGAUUUGUACAGAGUACCUGAAAGAACAUACUAUUGCCAUUGAGUUUGUAAAAUUGAGUGAGUAUGAGGUUAAAAGUAAAUUAAAAGUAAUUCUUAGUGUGAAGUUCUGAAACGAUGAUAUCUGGUAAUGCAGGCCUAGACGUUGGCUGUUGGGGAGUACUAGUUUUUAGCAAAAACCACAAUUUGAGGUUCAGCAGCUUUCUGAGGUACCGCCUUUAUGGUGAAAAAGGAUGCACUGUUUGUUUUUCCCUUCUGUUAAAAUGAAAUAAAUGUUGUGCUGUA